AUGUCAUUUAAAAUUCCAGGCUACUUUUUAGAUCAAAAAACAAAGAAGCUUUACAAGAUACAACCUCAUGGUCCUUUUAGUCUACCUGAACUAAGAAAGCGUAUUGAACGUGAAGAAGAAGAAGCAAGAAAAGCACUUGCUUCAACAUCACCAGUUGUUAUUCGCACACCUCUGAAUAUCCGUCAAUUUUUACACCAAAGAGCAACAGGUAGCAGACUCAACUCGGGUCUUUCUUCACUCUUAACUCAUCUUCAAACACAAUCGAAACUACAGUUACAAGAAAGAAAAGUUAUGCAGAAUCGUAUGUUUGUUGAAAUGACAGGAGGUCAAGACAAUCUCGGUGAAAUGUUCAUGACAAGCCAACAGACUCGGUUAUCACAUUAUGGAUAUCAACUGGAUCCUCAGUUUUCAGUAUGGCAAGUGAGUCAUUGGAGACAUGGUCAUUCGUUCUUGUCUCUAAACUUGUCAAAUCAAAUAGAAAACGAUGGUCAACUAUAUCAGACAUUGGUUGGAUCUUUAGGUGGAUCUCUGUGUCGAUUCUCUUUACCAAAAUUACCUGCGAUUAUCAAUGAAGAAGCACAGCAUAUGUUUCUGGAUGAAGAAGGCAUUCGACAGAAUGAUGCGGUGCUGUAUUGUCCACAUCUUGCUUCUUAUAUGGGCUAUGAAGGGCUACAAAUAGUGCAAAGUUAUGAUCAAAGAAAAGAUAUGUUUUGGUCUUCCAACGUAAACGAUGAGCAUGAUCAAGUAGUCAUUGGUGGAGACCAGAAAGUGUAUCAAUUAAGCAGUUCAACUUUUCAACCUGUUCGUUUAUCUAAAGUCAAAUCUUCUGUGUUUGCUACACAUAUACCAGCAUUUCAACCAAAGACAUGCUGGAUUGGACAACGAAAUGGACAAAUAAAGCUUAUGGACAAUAGACAUCAACACAACAAUCUCAAUUUUAGGCAUGGGUUUCAGCAUGCUUCUUCUGUUGUUCGUAUACAAAGCUUAUCAGAAUAUAUGCUACUGUCAAUUGGUAUUGACGGUUCUAUCCAUCUAUGGGAUACACGGAGACCAGGCAAGACGCCAUUCCAUUCACUCAAAGGGCAUAUCAAUGAAAGUACACUCCAUUUGGGUUCUGAUAUUGAUUUAGAAAACAACUUGCUUAUGCUAUCAGGGAAUGAUGGGCGUGUCCGUAUUUGGUCCAUUGUCGAUAGUCAUCAUAACCAGCCUAUUUGGACAUCAGAAAAGUACGAUGUGCCUGUGCCUGCUGUCAAAUUUAUGUGCAGUUCAGAACGAUAUCCUCGGUUGCAAGAUUGUUGGCCAUCUAUAUUGCCUGAUAUGCCUAUUGCUCCUAGAUAUAUACCCGGAGUAUUACUAUUUGGUACAAGCAAUGCUUCAAGUGAUGCUAUUUUUAUUGAUUGGUUAACUGCUACUCAAUAGUUAUGUAAAUAAACCGUUUCUUUUGAC